CGAGAUUAAGGUUGCUGGUGUGUGUAAACCAGAAGAGGUUUAGUUAGUACGGUGUGUGAGUCUGUAUUUGAGUUGAGAGGACAUGUGUAAUGAGAGUCAGUGUGUCAGUUCUGCCUCCUGACUUGGGCAGGAGCUGUAGGAGCUGUAGGAGCUGUAGGCAGCCACGUCUCCAUUGAGCACUGCAAUAGGUUCCAUAUGAAGUCGGACGAGUGGAAAGACGCAGCUCUUCUUACUUUUCGACGCUAAAACACGACAUCCUGCCAGUGGAGGGAGUGAGGAAGACUAUGGUGGAGCAGGAGCCAACGUCCUCGGCAGGGCAACGGUUGGGUGCCCCGGAGUCACUGGGCAUCAGCACACUGGAAUCGGGCCAAAGGCCGCCAGCCAUGGGCACCGGCCGACACACAGCCAUAAGGGUGCGAAUGCUGGACGAUUCCGAGGAGAUAUUCGACGUCUCUCAGCGAGCAUCAGGCAAGGAUUUGUUUGAGAUGGUGUGUACUCACCUCAAUUUGGUCGAGGGAGAUUACUUCGGUCUGGAGUUCCAAGACCAGCAUAAGAUGACGGUUUGGCUCGACCUUCUAAAACCCAUCAUAAAGCAGAUCAAACGCCCCAAGCACACAGUUCUGCGGUUCGUGGUGAAGUUUUUUCCUCCUGACCAUGCCCAGCUGAUGGAAGAGCUGACCAGGUAUCUUUUUGCACUCCAGAUCAGGCAAGACCUGGCCAGUGGUCGGCUGACCUGCACCGACAGCAGUGCUGCCAUGCUAGUCUCCCACAUCAUCCAAUCUGAGAUUGGAGAUUUCGAGGAGAUUCAGUGCAGGCAACAUCUCCUCAAUAAUAACUACAUUCCUGACCAGAUGGCCCUCAUGGACAAGAUCAUGGAGUUCCACCGUAAACAUGUCGGUCACACUCCAGCAGAAUCAGACUACCAGUUGCUGGAGGUGGCACGUAGGCUGGAGAUGUACGGCAUCAGACUGCAUCCCGCUAAAGACAGAGAGGGGACCAAACUCAGCCUCAGUGUAGCCCACACAGGAGUGCUAGUAUUUCAGGGUCACACCAAGAUCAAUGCCUUUAACUGGUCUAAAGUGCGCAAGCUCAGCUUCAAGAGGAAGAAGUUCCUUAUCAAACUCAGACCUGACCUCAACCAGAGUGCGUGUCAGGACACUCUGGAAUUUGUUAUGGCGAGUCGGGACUGUUGUAAAAUCUUCUGGAAGAUCUGUGUGGAGUACCAUGCUUUCUUCAGGCUCUUUGAAGAACCCAAGCCCAAACCUAAACCUGUCCUUUUCAGCAGAGGAUCAUCCUUCAGGUUCAGCGGCCGGACUCAGAAGCAAGUGAUAGAUUAUGUAAAAGAGGCUGAGUUUAAAAAACAUCCUUUCUACAGGAAACACAGUAAAGUUCAGUUCAACAGCAGCCUGUCUCCCUUGCCUUCUCCUGCACACUCACAAGUGCCAAAUCAAGCUGAUAGGCGAAGCUGGAAGGAGCCAGCGUUGGUUAGUUCUGAGGAUUCAGCUGCACUAAGGAUUCGUGGAAGCCCCCCUCCAUCGUCUCAGCAGAGUGACGGCGUGUUAUCUGAAGAGUGUGUCAGGCAGCAGAGUGGCGAGCUCAGCACUGCAGAAGCACCAGGUUUGUCCAUGUCUCUGGUGAACGGUCAUCGCCGUGCACAUGACCUGAACGGCAUGAGUUCGAGCCCGGAUGAUCAGCAGCCAUCACCUCUCACGUCCCCGCUCCUGAACGACGCCAGCAUUCUGCGCACAGAUGAUGAAGAGGAGAAUAGGAGGAAGAGAUUUCCGACGGACAAAGCUUACUUCAUUGCCAAAGAGCUGCUCACCACGGAGAGAACCUACCUGAAGGAUCUGGAGCUCAUCACUUUGUCAUUUCAGAGUGUACUGGCUAAAGAGGAGUGUGCUCCAGAUUCUUUAAAGAACCUUUUGAAAUCCAGCUUUGAACCGCUUCACACCUACCACUCUGAAUUCCUUAAAGAGCUGGAGCAGAGACUUGCACUGUGGGAAGGCCGCUCAAAUGCCCACAUUAAGGGGGAUUACCAGCGUAUCGGGGACAUCAUGCUGAAAAACACCCAGGGACUGAAGCUGUUGACGGCUCAGCUGCAGAAGCACUCAGAGUGUGUGAGCGAACUGGAGACGGCAUGUCGUUCCUCCGGGCGGCUGGAAACUGUGUGUCGAGACUUUGAGCUGCAGAAAGUGUGCUAUGUGCCCUUAAAUGUGUUUAUUCUGAGGCCACUGCACAGACUGCUGCAUUAUAAACAGAUCCUGGAGAGACUCUGCAAACACUACCCCGCCACACACUCCGACUUCAGAGACUGCAGAGCUGCACUGGCUGAUGUGACCGAACUGGAGUCUGUGCUCCACUCCAGCAUGCUGAAGACUGACAACUACCAGAGACUGCUGGAGCUGCAGAAGGAUUUGAUUGGGGUGGACAAUCUGGCAACCCCAACACGCGAGUUCAUCAGACUGGGCUGUCUAAGCAAACUUUCUGGGAAAGGCUUGCAACAACGCAUGUUCUUUUUGUUUAGUGAUGUGCUGCUGUACACAAGUCGGGGGAUUACAGCGUCCAAUCAGUUUAAAAUACACGGCCAGCUUCCUCUUCGUGGAAUGACAAUCAGGGAGAGUGAAGAGGAAUGGGGUGUCCCUCACUGUUUCACACUGGUCACACAGCGUCAGUCAGUGGUGGUAGCAGCAAGUUCUGUAUCAGAGAUGGAGAAAUGGAUGGAGGAUUUAAAGAUGGCUGUAGAUCUAGCUGAAGACUCUAACGGACCAUCAGUAAGCCUGCUGUCCAACAGCAAUGACGUCAAGUCUGCAGGGGAGUGGGCCUCGGAGGUCGAGUCAGAGGAUGACAUGGCUGGGUCACGCACAUCAUUGGAACGCCAUGGCAACAGCUCAGCACAUCACCGUGGCAACACCAUGGUUCAUGUUUGCUGGCAUCGCAACACCAGUGUUUCUAUGCUGGACUUUAGCAUAGCGACGGAGAACCAGCUGUCUGGGAACCUGCUACGGAAAUUUAAAAACAGUAAUGGCUGGCAGAAGCUCUGGGUGGUUUUCACCAACUUCAGCUUGUUCUUCUACAAAACACACCAGGAUGAGUAUCCACUAGCCAGUCUGCCACUGCUGGGUUACUCAGUAACCGUUCCAGCUGAGUCAGAAAACAUCCACAAGGACUAUGUGUUCAAACUCCACUUCAAAUCCCACAUCUAUUAUUUCAGAUCAGAGAGCGAGUACUCCUUUGAGCGGUGGAUGGAGGUGAUCCGCAGUGCCACCAUCUCAUCCAGCAGAAUCCGUUAUCUCAACCGCAAAGAGCCCUAUUGAGCCCGACAGCCUUAGGGAGCAACCGUGUGUGUGUGUGUGUGUGUGUACAAGUGUAAUCUGAUCUUGAUGAUCAGUUUGUGUUAUCUCUUUAAAACAGAAUCACCUUUUGUGACAUUAACGUUUUUUCUAUCAUAAUUUUACACACCAUAAGACAUUUUUUGAUCAUGUCUGACCGUCUCAUGGAGAGUCCUGGUGCUUUUUUUUAAUGGUGACAUGUCUGCUGCACAUCGUAUUUUUCUGCAUAUCCGCUUUUUUCUGCAUUUUUCCUGCAUUUUUACUGGGCUGUUUUGCCUCUUUUAUAGAAUCUCAUUUUAUAUACUAUUAUUAAUUAUCUAUCUUUGUGCACUCUGUUUGCCAUAAGUGUCACUUGUUAUUUCAUAACGGAGGCCUAUCAAAAAGUACAUUCAUGUAUGUUUUAUUUCUGUGAAAUUGAUCAUUUUUAUUAACAGACCUCUUGGAACCCAUUUGUUUAUGUGCCAUUUCAGAUGUCUUUCAUCUAAAUACAGAUUCAAUUUAUUGAAAAGAGCCUUCGUACAUUAGGUUUUAGAGAGGUUUUUAAAAAAAUCUAGGCUUUUAACAUUAUUCAACAGUUUGGAUGUAAUUUGUUAAAUUGAAGAAUUUAUAAACAAGAAGUUUUCACAAGAAGAUAAAAAGUACAUUGAAACUUAUUGUAUGGUUUUAUUUCAUUAAAUUAGUGUUGAUAAUGACAUUUUCUUAAUUCAGGGUUGUUAAAUCUUGCUGCCAUUUUAGGAAAUAAAAUCAUAUUCUUAAAGCUACAGUAUAGAUAAAAUAGCCAUGCUUCACUUUCAACAAUUAGACACUAUAUUAUAUGAAGAAUGCCACUGAGGAAGUAAAGCUUUAAAAAGUAGAAUUAUACAUGAUUUUGUAGUUUCAUACGUAUUAUUUACGCUCAGAUGACAAGUCUGCGUCAUAAGAAGUUGAGUUGUGGCUUAUCUGUGAAGAAGAUGGUGGUGGGGGAUGACUUUGGCAAGGCAUGUCUAAUAAAUGUCUAUUACUUUACUUUGGACAGAGGAAGAAAUGUUUCAUAUUCCAGAUUAAUAAAAGAGAGAAACAGAGUGUUGUAUGGUUAUGUAAGCAAUAAAAACACUUUUGAACAUCCA